ACACACCUACAACUACCCACUUUUCAGUAAGUUAUUCUUCCUGAUAAACAGGUAAUACAAAGGGUUUCAUGUGUCACUCUGUUAUAAAACCAACGGUUUCCGUGAUCCUUCUACAGUCUCCACCCCACAUUUCUAGAUCUCAAACUACAGAGCAGCUGAGCGGCCGUGAAGCAGGAGCCAUGGCAGACAUUCAGAAGACAGUGGUCAAGGUGCUGAUCUGUGUGGAGAAGGUCACGUCCUUCGCCUCCUCCUUCGUCCCCAUCUGCGGCAUGAUCUCCCCCCUGGUGAGGCUGCUGCGCAAGGGCCUCCAGGGGGACGAGGCCCACGCCCUGGAAAAGGACUUCCAGGCACUGCACUGCAAGAUUGGGAGCAUCUCGGCCAAGAACCGGCAGUGCCUGCCGCAGAUCCGGAUGGACGAGGUCAACGAAACCUACGGCAAGCACGAGGAGUUCAUCAAGUACCAGUACAAGGCCUUCGGCAACAUGGUGACCGGGGUGAAGAAGAACCCGGACGCCGCCGACCAACACAUGAGCACCUUCAAGGGGAUCUACAAGGAUUUCAAGGCGGACCUGGGCCUGGACAUCUACUACCGUGGUGUGAUGGGGGAAGGCUCCGUGUUCGGCCAGCCCCUCCUGCUGGUGUACUUGGAGCACUGCGGACGCGACCGCACCGUGAUGGAGCAACGCUGCUCCCACCUGCGCCUCCUCUUCCACAUGGGCCUCAUCGCGCUCAUGGCCUACACGGCGGUGACGGAGGACGACGAGGAGGAGGUGGCCCAGAAGUGGCAAAAGAGGAUGGAGGAGAUCCAGAGCAAGAUGGAGGAGGUUCUGAGUCAAUGCAAGGAGGCGAGCCCGCCCUAGGUUCUGGGAGGG